AGCAACUUACAAUUAUAUUAAUAAUUUUAAUUUAUAUGUUUAUUUCCUAUAUAUGAGUUUGUCCAGAAAAUUGUGUUGUAUUAUAUAUAAAUCCAGUGGGAAUAUAUUUUAUGAAUAAAAUUAAUUUCAAGUUAGCUCAGUUGAACUGAACAAAUCAUUAAUGCAACCCUUUAUUGUCAUAAGGAAUUAUCGCGAUGAUGAUGAACUUAAAUGCCAAGAAGUUGUACGAGAUUAUAUUAUGUCCUUUGCGAGGAAAUCUUUUUGUUGCUUCUGUUUCAGAGAGAUAACACUGCAAUUUAUUGUAAUUACAUGGGCAAUAUUAUUUAUUUUCCUAGGAGUACCGCUUACUUUUUGCGCACUUACAAUCCCUGGUUGUAUAUUUUUUCUUUUUUCUGGAACCUAUUUUUCAUUCUAUGCAAAAGCUGUUGAGUUGAUGAAAACAAAACCAUCGCAUUCACUAGUUGCAGAAUGUUAUGAACCAUUUCUUUUUCGUUGCAAGCCAAAUGAAGUAACAUAUCUAAUAUUUAUGGAAAAUGCACCAUAUGAACUCACUUAUAUUAAUAAAUUUAGGAAAAAGAUAAUAGCCACUGUUAGUGUAAAAAAUCAUAAUUCGGUGUAUAAUGGUGCUUGGAUAUAUCGUUUUGCCAUAGAUAAACAAUAUCCAUUUCAUAAAAUAGCAGAACCAAUGAUCAAUCUGGUAUCAAAAAAUUGUUUCGCAACGGGUUAUACAACACUGGAGUGUACCAUAUCAGAAUGGCAGGAGGAUGAACGUGACUUUUUUGACAACUUGGGAUUUGCAACACGUCAAAUUUAUCACAAACAAAUAAUAGGCAGCAGCUUAACAGUGAUGAAAACUCAAUUAACGUGCGAUUUACGCUCGGAUGAAGCUUUACAAAAAAAGAAUUAAACUAGUAUUUUUCACAAAUUAACUGGUAUAAAAUCUCUAUGAGUAUUUUAAUAUAAUACAUUCCAAUAAGUACACAUCACAAAAAUGAGGCAUCUUUAACCACAAAUAUAAAUGUCAACAAACUUUUUAAGUUACUUUUAUAUACUUAAUUUACUGAGAAGUACGAUAUAUCAAUA